AUGUUCGAAUCACUUAAGGGUAAAACAGUGCUAAUCACAGGUGCUUCCAGUGGUAUUGGUGAAGCAACAGCAAAGACCUAUGCUGAAGUUACAAAUGGGGAAAUAUCCCUAAUUUUAUUAGCAAGAAGAUUUGAUAAAUUGAAAGAAGUUCAAAAAUAUAUUAAAACAAAAUUGCCAAAUACUAAAAUUGUUGUUCAAUCAAUUGAUUUAUCACAAACAGAUCUUAUUUUACAAUGGGGUGAUUCUAAUCAAGAACUAAUUAACAAAUUAGAUAUUCUUGUUAAUAAUGCUGGGUUUGCACAUGGAUUGAAAAACAUUGGUGAUAUUCCACACUCAGAUGUUACAAAUAUGAUUAACACAAAUUUAACCGGUCUAAUAACAUUAACACAAAUUGUGGUUAAAUCUUUCAAAUUUAGAAAUACAGGUGACGUUGUUAAUAUUAGUUCAAUUAGUGGUAAAGAUCCUUAUAUCGGUGGGGCAAUUUAUUGUUUAACUAAAACUGCUAUAUCAACAUUUUCUGAUGUCUUGAGAAAAGAAUUCAAAGAUACAAAUGUUAGAAUUAUUGAAAUAUUACCAGGUUUAGUACAAACAGAAUUUGCAUCUGUGAGACAUGAUGGUGAUUCUUUAAAAGCUGAAAAAGUUUAUCAGAUUUAUGAACCACUUAGUUCAAAAGAUAUUGCAGAGGGGAUUAUUUGGAGUACAUCAAGACCACCAAAUGUUCAGGUGGCUGAAUUAAUGUUGCUCCCUACUCAUCAAGCUUCAAUGAGAGAUGCUGAUAUGCAAAGAUGA